GUGUGUGUGCGCUGAUGAAAGGUUUUGAAGUGAAAUUUUCCUGAGCCAUUUGUACCCGAACGGAAUUCGUUCUUUUUUGUUAAUUUCGUGCUAAAAAGUGAUCUGUGCAGUGUGAACUCGGUGAAUAAAUUGUGCGCACUCGAUUGUGCGUAUCGAGAAGAUGGCAUGUGCAGCACCAGCUGCGGCUAAAGAAAGUGCAACCGCGACAAGCCAAACAUCUUCGUCAACAGUGGCAUCAGCAGCGAGUGCAGGGGCUGCGGCUGGAGUGUCUGGGGCCCAGGCGGUCACAGCGAAUUCUGCAACGGGAGCGACCGCUGGUGCGGCAUCCGGAACGGCCCCGUGCGCUGCGGGUGCUGCGAGGCAGGUUAGAUGCACCAUGGAGGGCGUUGGGGCACGCGUGAUCCGCGGACCCGACUGGAAAUGGGGCAAGCAGGAUGGCGGUGAAGGCCAUGUCGGGACAGUUCGCAACUUUGAGUCAUCCGAAGAAGUAGUCGUUGUAUGGGACAAUGGAACCGCAGCAAAUUAUCGAUGUGCCGGCGCCUACGACCUACGAAUUCUCGAUAGUGCUCCGACCGGCAUCAAACACGAAGGAACCAUGUGCGACACAUGCAGACAACAACCAAUUUUCGGGAUUCGUUGGAAGUGUGCAGAGUGCACCAACUAUGAUUUGUGUUCGAUAUGCUAUCAUGGCGAUAAGCAUCAUUUGAGACAUCGAUUUUGUAGAAUUGCAACACCAGGUGGUGAACGGAUUAUGCUGGAACCGCGCAGGAAAUCAAAGAAGAUUGCCGUUCGCGGAAUCUUCCCCGGAGCACGAGUAGUUCGUGGUGUUGACUGGCAAUGGGAGGAUCAAGACGGGGGCGUUGGACGUCGUGGAAAAGUUAACGAAAUUCAGGAUUGGUCUGCAGCGUCUCCUCGAUCUGCGGCCUAUGUUGUCUGGGAUAAUGGAGCGAAAAAUUUGUAUCGAGUUGGUUUCGAGGGAAUGGCUGAUUUGAAAGUGGUGAAUGAUGCGAAAGGGAACACUGUGUAUCGUGACCAUCUUCCGUUGCUUGGAGAAAAUGGUCCUGGGAAGGGUCCACAUGGUUUUCAUAUCGGCGAUAAAGUCACAGUUGAUUUGGAUUUGGAGAUCGUACAGUCUUUGCAACAUGGUCAUGGCGGUUGGACUGAUGGAAUGUUUGAGUGCUUGAAUAAUAUGGGAAAAGUUGUGGGGAUAGAUGAAGAUCAUGAUAUUGUCGUAGCAUAUAUGAGCGGCAAUCGGUGGACGUUUAAUCCUGCUGUUCUAACCAAGGUGGCAUCGCCUACAGCAAGCGCUCCUGAAUUCGCUGUUGGUGAUAUUGUAAAGAUUUGCAGCGACUUGGAGACCAUAAAGAUAUUGCAACGAGCCCAUGGGGAAUGGGCGGAUGCUAUGCAAUUCACUUUGGGUAAAGUCGGGCGAGUGCAACAAGUUUAUCACGACAACGACUUGAAGGUUGAAGUUGGAAACACUUCGUGGACGUACAAUCCACUCGCGGUCACAAAAAUUGCUUCCGCAACAGCUGAAGGUGUCUGUGUUCAGAUUGCUUCUAAUGGUGAAAGAUUGUCAGCAAUUCUUAAGAAACUUUUCGAUACAACUGCUUCUGGUGAUGCUACCGAAGAAUUUGUUAAAGCCGCUGCAAACGGGUUUGCUCAAAAAUGUGAGGAGUACCUCACCGGAGCCGCAACGAAUGCAUCAACUAACGGCCCAGCCGAUGUGAAUGGAGUGUUUGCAGGUCACACUGCAUUGCAAGCAGCCAGUCAAAACGGACAUAUUGAUGUCAUUCAAGUUCUUUUGCGUCACAAUGUGGACGUCGAGAUUGAAGAUAAAGACGGUGAUCGCGCCGUACACCACGCUGCUUUCGGAGAUGAGCCGGCGGUUAUUGAGAUCCUGGCCAAAGCUGGAGCUGACUUGAAUGCUCGCAACAAGAGACGACAGACAGCUCUACAUAUCGCCGUGAACAAAGGCCAUUUGAAUGUUGUCAAAACCUUGCUCUCGUUGGGCUGCCAUACAAGUUUACAGGACUCUGAAGGAGAUACACCGUUGCAUGAUGCCAUUUCGAAAGAGCACGACGAGAUGCUAUCGCUACUCUUGGACUACGGGGCCGACAUAACUUUGACUAAUAAUAAUGGUUUCAAUGCUCUACACCAUGCCGCACUCAAAGGGAAUCCAAGUGCUAUGAGGAUUUUGUUGACCAAAACCAACCGACCGUGGAUUGUCGAAGAAAAGAAGGACGAUGGCUAUACCGCUCUGCAUUUAGCUGCGUUGAAUAAUCACGUUGAAAUCGCUGAAUUGUUAGUUCACAUGGGGAAGGCUAACAUGGACCGGCAAAACGUAAAUCUACAGACUGCCUUGCAUCUGGCAGUCGAACGUCAGCAUGUCCAAAUUGUGAAACUUCUCGUCCUCGAAGGGGCCAAUCUAAACAUUCCUGAUAAAGAUGGCGACACGCCGCUCCACGAAGCUCUUCGUCAUCACACACUUUCUCAGCUCAAGCAAUUGCAAGAUGUCGAGGGUUUCGGUAAACUCUUGAUGGGUCUACGAAACGCCACCGAUAAAAAGGCAUCCGCUUCGAUUGCAUGCUUCCUGGCUGCCAACGGUGCCGAUUUGACCAUAAAGAAUCGGAAGCUACAGACUCCUCUGGAUCUAUGUCCGGAUCCGACUCUUUGCAAAACACUUGUCAAGUGUUACAACGAACGCAAAACAGAUGAUUUGGAGUUGCCUGGAAAUGUAGCCGGAAGCAGCACAAGUAUUAGUAGCGGGGCAUUGGGAGGUUCGCGACUGAAUGACGAAUCGACUGCUUCCAAUGUGCCUGUGAGCAAUAUCCCAAGCUUGACUGGCGCAAUGAACACGUUGAAUAUCAAUGACGUGAAUGAAAUUUCAAAAUCCUCUUCGCUGGAAGAGUGUUUGGUUUGUUCAGAUCAGAAACGCGAUACUGUGUUUAAGCCUUGUGGCCAUGUUUGUUGUUGCGAUACAUGCGCCCCACGAGUGAAAAAAUGUUUAUUGUGUCGCGAAGCGGUCUCGUCACGCGAAAAAUUGGACGAAUGUCUUGUCUGUUCCGAUAAACGUGCGUCAGUAUUUUUCAAACCUUGCGGACAUAUGAUAGCGUGUGAAAGCUGUUCAACGAUCAUGAAGAAAUGCGUUCAGUGUCGCACGCAAAUUGAGGAAAUGGUUCCAUUCACCUUGUGCUGUGGUGGGACGGGCACUGUUUCGAAGGUGUCGGCAUGCAACGAGGAGAAAAAAGACACCAACACGAUAGUUGGCAUGAGUAAAUGCGGAGCGGGUGUGGCAAUGAAUAAUACCGUGAGCUCAAGUGGGACCCCAUCGACAGGUGUAACGAUUACGAAUCCUACUCAAAACACGAAUUUGAACAACUUUGCAUUGGAUGAUGUUCAAAAACUGCAACAAGAAUUACAGGAUAUGAAAGAGCAUACAACUUGCCCUGUUUGUUUCGAUCGUCUCAAAAACAUGGUGUUCCUGUGCGGUCAUGGGACGUGCCAGAUGUGCGGUGACCAGAUCGUGGGAUGCCCCAUAUGCCGGAAGACUGUUGAAAAGCGCAUCUUACUAUAUUAGACAUGUAUUUUGAGACUUGCGCAUAACUAAAUGUUACUCAUGAACUGAUUUUGCAUGAUCCAACGAUUCAAUGGAGUAAAUUUUUCGGUUACUCUCUCAGUCAGGAACAAGACCUUGGAUCACUAUUACGAGUAGUCCUUUCUAUACUUCACGAGAUUUUUUUAUUUUAUCAUUAGUGCACAUCGCAAUGGAUAUUUUUUUUCUUGCAAUGAUUACGUGAAACUAGAAGCAGACAUUUACGUUGAGAAUGUUUCGUUAUCCACUUAGAAAUGCAAUUAUUACUUGUUUGAGCUUUAUAGAGAAACGGAUGCCUUACUAUGUUCGAUUACGAUUGCCAAUUCACUUUGUUUCAUGUUAUUUACAUUCAAGUUGAUUUUGUAGAACUUCCUUUCAUGUGCUUUUACUAAUUCAGGUAAUUAAUUGUAGACGUAUUUCAAGUUUUUUGUUAUCGUAUCAGCACGUUGAGAUCUUUUGUUCCCGGGGCCGAAAACAUGUCUCGGAAUUUCUUUUCUAAGUUUCUUAUUCGAAUAUUAUCAUUACUACUCCUUACACUAUUAUACUCUAAUAAUUAUUGAACAGUUUUCUCUUCUAUUUGAUAGAUAAGAACGAAAAACAAUCAAAAUUGUAAUUUUGCAAUAUUUCAUUGAAUAAAAAACGUAUCUAUAGAUCAA